GAUGUUUUUUCCAGGGUUUGAAAUAAUAUACAUUUAUAUAAUACUGAAAAUCUGAUUUUAGUCUUUAAAAGUUCAUCAGAACCUUUAGAUUAUUGACAUUGAUGCUGUCUGAAAGUGGACUAGUAAGGAAGUUAGUCGACCUUUCACCCUAUAGAUCAGGGCUUUAAAAAAAUAACUAACACAACCGGUGCAGAGGGCCACCAAACCGCUAAGUCCGCCACUGCAAGAACGCAACACCGAACUCGAGCGGUUUGGCGACCCCUAGCGGCCGCAGUAGGUCAGGACAUGCCGCCGCAUCGUUGCUGCUUCAUGCAGCUCCAGCUCCGCAGCAGAGCAGCAGACCCGCACUGAGCUCACGGCCUGUCUGCGGACUCUGCGGGGAUCGAACCCGCUCAGAACUAGGAAGUGAACGGACCAUCGGAGCCUUAUCAGCUGACGGAGGCAGGGAGCCCUGCGGCAGCAGCAGCAGACAUGCCCGGCCUUUCUCUCUACUCUCUCGCGGUUCAUCUGUGCUGCUGGGGAGCCCUGAGCCUGGGUUUGACUCAGCACGUCAGCUCCCUCAGUCUUCUGUCCACAUCUCUGUUCUGGAGAGAAAGCCCAGCGGAGUCGAUUCAGGAAUCCGCCAGAUCCAAACGCCAUGUAGUCGGUGAACUUGUGCGUGCUCAGCCACAUCUGGUCCAUGACAUGGGCUGGCCGGAAAUCUACCACGCAACACCUUCACAGGCCACUAUGGAGCUGGCCAACUCCUCCGAGCUGAAUAUACCCCCCUCAGUUACCCUGGAUGUAGCCAGGACCCGUGCGGGUGUGGAUGGAAGCCUGGAUAAGGAAGAGGACGUGGAGCACAUGGUUCAUCUGACAGUCCCCAGACAAACUAACGACUUCCUGGGACACCCAGACUCUGCUAAUGCAGAGGCAGAGCUCCUUGGUGGUGUAGCAACUGUUGAUGUUUCCAACGAGGCUUCUGGCUUCAAUGGAAUGGACACAGAAGACAGAGGAGAAGAAGGAGGAGAGGAUCAGGAGAGAAGAGGAGAAUUUGAGUGGGAGAAGGACACCGGGGACAACAGAGAGAGAAAGGAGGAAGAUGUUUUAAUUGAGGAAAAUGAAACUGUAGAAAGGACAAGUGAGGAUGUCAGAGACAUCCCAAAGGUCACCCACUCAAUAACAGAUUCAAACCUGAUGACAGACUUCGAUCCUUCCAAAGAGCCCAGCAGCUCCUUCCCAGCUGCAGAGCGGGAUUCUGGGCUGCAGGAGCAUCAAGCAGCGCCCCUUCUGAAGCUGAGGCCAGAACUGUGGAAGGUGGAGAAAGAGGAAGAUGUUCAGUCUAGCGGGUUUGAAGCCUUUCACUUGGCCAUCCCUUCAUCUGCAGCCGCUACAGAUUUUUCUGGACAUAUUUUGGAAACUACCACCUUAGAAACUGACACGGGCAGAGACCUGGUACAGCCCAAAAGUUCUAAAAGAGAGGAGACGGGGGAAAAGGAAGACAUAGGAAACACAGAUGGAUUCCGUCAGCAUCCCACUGAACCAGAGGUUGGUGUAGCUCCCAGCAGAAGUCCUUUGCAGCCCAGUGUCAAGGAAAUGGAGCUACUGGAAAAAGGCCAGAGUGGCUUGGGAGGAGUGGCGCCAAAAUACAGACAUGAAGUUGGGGGAGAUACGCAGAGAAAUAUGGCAAAAGGCGAAACAAGAAUCCAACACUUUACUUCAUUUGGCACAGACACUCCACCCAUUACUGAUAUGAUGGAGCUAGAGCAGGCGGCCGAUCCAGUGAAGCCACAGCAGGUGGUGUGUUUGAACUGGAAUGAGCUGGCUGGGCGGGGCUAUGUUAUCCUCAACAUGACUCAAAACAUGAACUGUGAGGAGUUCCGUGCGCACCAGGGUGUACAGUUGUUAAAGAUCAUUGAAAGAGUUUUUUCUCAAAAAAUGAACAGCCCUGAAGGAUCAUGGGUACUCUACCUCAGCAAGCCCACACACCACCAACACCAGCUGCUGAUGAAUGUUGCAUCUGGACGUGGAGUGAUUGCCAGCCAGGAUGUGCUGGAUAUGCUGGGGCAGAUCAGGAAAAGUCUCGAUGAGGUGGGCAUUCAGAACUACAGUGCUGCCAGCACCUGCCAGUCCCGGCCCAGCAAAACACGCAGCGAUUACGGCAAACUAUUUGUGGUUCUGGUCAUUAUUGGCUCGAUUUGCAUGGUCAUCAUCACGUCUGGAAUUAUUUACAUCUGCUGGCAGAGAAGACUGCCUGCAGCUAAGACAGUGUUCCGUGUGGAGGAGCUUCAUCACGUGGAGAAUGGGUACCAUGACAAUCCCACACUAGAUGUAACCAAUGACAGAGAGGCUGAGAUGCAAGAGAAGAAGCCAAGUACCAAUGGUCUCGCAGGAGGGGGGGGUGGAGGCGGGGAGGAAAACUGUCCCUGGCAGGUCUUCAUCAAUCAAGCUGUGACUGAAGAGGAUGAGGAGGAACAGGAUACGCAUCUCUAAUUGACGAAGAGCUGCUGGGACAAAAGAUGACUGUGAUACCAAGAGACAGAGAGAAAACAUCGCUAAUAGAAGGAGUCCAGCUUUGAAAUAAUGGGAGGAAAGAUGCGGGGGGGGGGGGGGGGGGGGUGAGCAAAGGAAACAAUUCGAUUUUGGGAUUUAACAUGUUAUGGUGGUACAUUGAUAUCACAUUUAACAAUUUCAUGUACAGUGGGGAUUUAAGUUUGGGCACCCCAGGUAAAACGUUAUAUUAUUGUGCAUAAAGAAGCCAAGGAAAGAUGGAAAACUCUCCAAAAACCAUCAGGUUACAGAUGAGACAUUCUUGUAAUAUGUAAAAAAAAGAAUGGCUUUAAUUCCACCUUUUCCCUAAAAAUAACAGAAAAUUUCCUAAAUUACGUGUGCAAAAGGUUGGGCACCCUGCAGACUUUAUAGCAUUCACCGCCCCCUUUGGAAAAGCUGAGAAUUGACAGUAGAUUGUUCACAGUCAUCGUUUGCAAAGAAAAUAAUCUGAGUUAUGUGACCUUCGCCCUAACAAUCAGCAUUGUGACUUCUUCUAAGCAGUUGUCUAGAAGCCUGAAAGUAAAAUUAGUUGAUGCUCACAAAGUAGGAGAAGGGUAUAAGAAGAUAGCGAAACCUUUUCCGAUGUCGAUAUCCUGUGUUCGGAAUGGAACGAUGGAGUGGCUUCAACAGAAACAGCAGAAGAUAAAGCGAGAUCUGGAAGACCAAGACAAACCAAAUCCGUUCUAGUGAAAAGAGAUACUUGUACAAAUAUGGUCUUCAGAGUCAUCAGAAGAAAACCUCUUACACUUCCUCCCCACAAAAUGUAACAUUCGCAACUGAACACAGAAACAAACCUGAUGCAUUUUGGAAACAGGUUCUGUGGAGCGAUGAGAGUAAAAUGGAAAUUGGCACAGGAAUGAUUUCAUGGGGAGAAGGAAGAAUGGAUUCAACCAAACUUCAGCAAAUUUUGGACACUAACUUGAUGUGGCAUCAAUGAAAAAGCUGAAGAGAGGAUGGCUUCUACAAAUGGAUAAUGAUCUCAAACACGCGUCCAAAUCCACACAGGCGCACAUUAAGAGACAGAAACUGAAGGUUUGGCCAUGGCCUUCCCAAUUACCUGACCUCAGCAUCAUUGAAAAUCUGUGGAUAGACCUGAACAGAACAGAGUGGAACAGACAUCAGAGAAAGUCUGUGAACUGCAAUACUUUUGGAAAGAAGAAUGGAUGAAGAUUCCUCAAACAAGAACUGAGAGAUUCCUAUAUGGCUACAAAAAGGCUAUAAACUGGGAUAUUUGCCAAGGGGGGCAGUACAAGGUACUAACUGCAGGGUGCCCAAACUUUUGCACACAUAAUUAUUUUGUUUUCUGUUAUUUUGAAAGGGUAAAUGAUGAAAUCAUUGGGUUUUUAUGUCAUAUUACAAGAAUGUCUCAUGUGUAAUCUCAUGCCUUUUAAAGAGUCUUUCCUUGGCUUCUUUAUGCACAAUAAUAUCACGUUUUACCUGGGGUGCCCAAACUUUAGCUCUCACUAAAACUGAUAAAAAAAAGAGUAUUGUCUUUGUGUCAGACAUCAUUGCAGUCGCAUGAUACUCUCUCUGUUUGGUGUGCCUUUCAGGUCUUUGUGCUCCGACUGCAACAUCAGUUUAUUAUAUAUGAGCCGGUGGUCAAGCAUGAUGCUCAUGGUUCUGCCUUUUCUUUACACUAAAGUGCAACACAGGGUCACAAAUAAAACAUGCAACAAUAACAACAUCUUUGCAAGAAGAUAAGUAUAUUCUGAUUAUCGGUGGUGGAAUGUUACUACUUAUAGUUUGUUUAGUUACUGGUCAGCUUUUAAACACAAAUAUGAUCAUUUUUGAACCUACUUGACAAUUUUAAAGGUCACAAUAAAUUCCACAUAGAUAUGUGAAGGACACACGUUGGCCACACCUGUCAAAUGCUUUUGACAUUAGCUACGUUUCAAUGAAGAAUGCCACAAAUGACAAUGUCAAUUCUAUUAAUCCACAUCUGCCAAAUGAUGAUAAUCAUAUUCACCAUUACCAAUAACAGUAUUUAUGUAAGCAUGCCCUGUUCAUUUCCCAUAGUAAUGCGUUUUGCUUGGAAACAAUCAAAAAUUUUAGCAGUAAUUUAUGUUAUUAGAAUAUUUUCUGAGAAAUUAUUGUAUUAAUCUAGGAUUUAGUCUCAUUCAAUGACUCAACACCUACUUAAGCUUUACAAUAGCAGCCUUAUAGCCUGUCAGUAGUUUGACCCCAGUGUCUGACAGCUCUAGCACUAGUGGCUUUUCAUGGUUGUUCCAGUUUAAAUGAUGGCCUGUUGCUGCUGUGAAGGUUUCCUUCUUUAAACGUGUUACACCUAAAUCUGUUACACACCGAGACGAAAAUAUCCUUUUUAUUUUUGCUUUUAGUGGAGUUUACAGUGCAUUUUUUAUGUCUGAUGUGAAGCUGUAUUUGUACUCUGGCCUAAUGUGCUUUUCUCCACAGUUCCUUGAAUGGCUGCUAUUUGCUCCUGGCUGAGUCUUGAAACUUUGACAAAUUCAGGGUUUAUGCAUGGACUUUCAUACUGAAGUAGAAUCACUAAAAACCCAGUACAAGUCUAGCACUAUGCUUGCAAUUAGAGCUUAAAAAUUGAAUGAAAAAGUCAGUGAUCAUUCAUUUUCAUAUGUCUCUGUGUAGUUUAACAAAAGUUAUUAUUCUGAAAAAAAGAUUCUUGUUGGGAAAACAGAAUGCUUUCAUGGUACAUUAAUUUAUUUUUUCAAUCAGGUGGGGUUAUCUUCAUGUUCUUGUCUGUGUGCCAAGCUUCUUCUUUUUCUGGCCUGUAGCUAAAGCAUUCAAAUCUGCUAUUUGGUGCUAUGCGUUGUCAAAUGGAGCCAGUUCAGUUCAUUUAAUUUUUCAUCGAUAAGUCAGUCUCCACUUGGCUCAACAACAACCCAACAGCAGCCUGAUGAGGCCUAAUGAAUGUUUUUAAAUUAAAAUGAACAUAUUGUGAAACAAAAUGUUCUGUGGAGAGAAGAUAAUAAUAAAACUAUGAAUUUAAACAUUUACGUUUAGAUUUCAAAACACA